UAUUGGUAAGUUUCGGCUGACAAAUUCUAGUCGCUUUAUUUCAUGCUCACGAUAUGGGCAUAGCUAGGGAGCACCCAGUCCAUUCAGUAGACUUGAUGGAUAGAUAAGCACGAUAGGGGCUAGAUUGUGUAUUGGCAUUUGGGAGACGCUUGCGCUCACUAUCCGGAUCCCCGAUGGAUUCAUCUAUUAUGCGCUAACCGUAUAUGGAUGGCGAUCAAGGUAAACCACCAAAUCGAGACACCGUUCAUCAACACCGCUUUCAACAUUGACUUUCCCUUUUGACAGCGGUGGAGGAAAAUCAAGGAAAUGUCUACCAUCAACUGGACAUGGAUAGAGAUAACAGAGGCAGUGAAAACCAGGACAAAGCGCCGAUAAAAAAUUUCUUCACGAGCAUCAUUUCUUACGACGCUAGACCAUCCGCGGGAACCUGGAUGACAAACAAAGCACCUGAAGGAUCAAAAAGCCGCUCCAGACUACACGAUGCUCGCUACAACACCUCGCCUUUCCCUCCGUGAGUUCACAGCAAACGACGUAGACUCGUUCUACGCCCUAGAGUCAAAUCCUGCAAACGCCCGCUACCAAACAUGGGAACCACGAACCCGUCAACAAAGCUCAAAGCUUGUUGAUGAAGCCAUCAACAGCAUUUUAAUACAGCCCAGGAGGGUCAUAGAACUGGUCGUCGAGACUGGCUGCGAAACCGAGACACCCAGAUUCAUCGGCCGUGUUGGGUGUAUGAUAGCCGACAACAUCGCAAACCUGUGGUUUUCUUUCUUGCCAGCGGCUCAAGGCAAAGGUUAUGCGACAGAAGCGGUGAGAGCACUGAUUACUUUUCUUCACGACGCACCUGCCGGAAACCUGGUUGCUUUUGAGACCCUACAGAUCGAGUGUGAUCCACGCAAUACAGGAAGUCGUAGGAUUGCCGAAAGACUUGGCUUCCAGAAGAUUUCAGAGGAAUUGAAUGUAUACAAAUGUAAAGGCGAGUUGGUUGGCUCAGUGGUUUAUGAAACUGGGAUCCAGGGUUGGUUGAAGUGAGAAAGUGUCGACCGAU